AUGAUUUUAUUUCAAACUAUAUUAAUAUUGCUGUAUAUCGCACAACAUCUUAAACCAUGUACUGCAGUCAAUAUUACCUACGAUGCUAAAUGGGAAUCACUAGACAAACGCCCACUACCAGGGUGGUACGACGAGGCUAAAGUUGGCAUUUUCAUACAUUGGGGCGUAUUUUCUGUACCCGCUUAUAACUGGCAAGCUAAAAAACAAAAGAAUAUCGUUGAUUUUAUGGCUAAAAAUUAUAAGCCCGAUUUCACCUACCAAGAUUUUGGACCCCAAUUCACCGCUGAAUUAUGGGACCCGGCUAAGUGGGUCGAGUUGUUCAAGGCGGCGGGUGCCAAGUAUGUGGUGAUGACUACCAAACACCACGAGGGCUUUACUAUGUGGCCCUCCAAACACUCGUGGGGCUGGAAUGCCGUUGAUAUCGGUCCCAAACGAGACCUUGUUGGUGACUUGGCAGCUGCAGUCCGUAAGGAAGGCCUAAAAUUUGGAACUUAUUAUUCAUUCCUGGAAUUUUUCAAUCCACUAUUUCUGAGUGACCAGGCUACUGGUUACAAAGCACAAGAUUUUAUCAAAUACAAAAUGCAACCAGAAAUAAGGGAGUUAAUCACUAAUUACAAGCCCGAUGUUGUAUGGGCUGAUGGUUCGUGGGUUGCCGACGAUACCUAUUUUGAAAGCACCGACUUUUUGGCCUGGCUGUAUAAUGACAGCCCUGUUAAGGACACCGUUGUAGUUAACGAUCGUUGGGGUAGCAACACCCCGGGAAAACAUGGGGGGUUUUACAACAUGGCCGACCGGACUAACCCUAAAAUUCUAAUGGAACAUAAGUUUGAAAAUGCUAUGUCUAUGGACAGGGGCGCCUGG